AUGCCCCGUAUAUAUAUCACCUCCAUCAGCCACGCCCGUGUCCCGAUCGGCGACCCUCAGCAGUACGUCCUCCUCCUUCUCCCAAACACCGCGACGAUGCAGUCCCACCUCCCCUCAGCGUCUCAUCCACCCCGCAAUUCUCCCUUUUCACACCUCUACUCUCAGGCCUUCGCUUACGACACCAGCUUCUUCCGCGGAUCGCCCCCAUCAGCGCAUGCAAUGCAUAGCCCUGGCCAUUCCACUCACUCCGCCAACGCCACCGGACCAUCCGCCUCUGCCCCUGCCAGAUACUCCUACCCAUACUCUGCCAGCGUGCUGCAGGCCCCAUUCCGAACAUAUACGGCAUGGGACCCGUCCUACCCACAUAAAAGUCUGCCGUCCUCAUCCGCUGCUGCACAACCAUCUCCUCCCAUGGCUAUCUCCUACUCUACCACACAGUCUGCGAGCGUCCCCGAGACAGCUGCCGAGACGGCUAGUAGCCAGGACGCGCCUGCGAAUGUCGACGCUCGUGUCGAAUGCCCACAAGAACCACCUCAGGACGUGCAGCCCGAAGAUACCUCCUCAGAAAAGAAGAAACAUCCGUGCUGGAUGUGCCAUAAGCGAUUCGAUCGCCCAUCUACGUUGCGCAAGCAUCUUCUUGUCCACACUGGCGAGAAAGCUUUCUCCUGCGACAUCUGUGGCAGGCGGUUCGGCGUCCAGUCCAAUCUCACCAGGCACGCAAAGCGCUGUGCCCAGCGCCCGAUGAACAUCGCCAUGUCAAGAGCAGCCGCCUCUGCAGCCGCAUCGUCCACAUCUGCAGACGCCGCCUCUGGCGAGAACGCCACGGACGCUGGGCCCCCGCCCGACGAACCGCUCGCCUCCACAUCUUCAGCCCCCGUGCCAGCCCCCAGCCGCACGCGCAAACGCGCACGAGGCACGUCGCCCGCUGCGGGCGACACGCGAUCGCCCCCGAGCGCCGACAACGUCGCGCCCAGCAGCAGCAGCAAGGGAAAGCGCGUGCGCCGCGCGCCGUCACCCUCGCGCUGGGUCCCCGACUCGCUGCGCCUGUACGAUCUCACGCUCCCAUCCAAGGGUACACCCGUGCCCCUCCCCCCCGUGCGGCCGUUCCGUGACACAAAUGGGGACCCCAUCGAGGAGCGCAACUCGUUCGACGAGAACGCGUCCGCGACACCCUACCUCACCGGGUGGCAGGGCCGCCUCCCCGGCCCAGGAAUUAUGGACAAGGACGUGGCGAAUACAAACGGGGGCAGGCUGUUCUUCUUCUGA